AUUUGGGAUUCUGGCUACCCUAGAAGCUCCUGCAUGUUAGGAUUACUUUCACGGCUCCAGUGACUUGUUGAUAACAGACUUGUUUGUUCCAGGGAUUCAUUUUUAUUGUUGCCAGAAUGGUAAUCAAAGUUUUUGUAGCCACCAUUUGUGGCUCUACAGCGAUCAAGAAAAAACAGCAGGAAGUACUGGGCUUUUUAGAGGCCAACAAGAUUGACUUUCAGCCACUGGACAUAGCUGGUGAUGAGGACAACAGGAAAUGGAUGAGAGAAAAUGUCCCAGGUGAAAAGAAGCCACAAAAUGGAAUCCCUCUCCCUCCACAGAUCUUCAAUGAGGAGCAAUACUGUGGGGACUUUGAAUCCUUCUUCUCUGCCAAAGAAGAAAACAUUAUUUAUUCAUUCCUGGGUCUUGCUCCCCCUCCAGGCACAAAGGAGGUGAAAAUUGAUGAGGAGAUUUCAGAUCUUCCCAAUGGAGAAGUUUCAGGAGAGGAGCAGAAAACCGUGGAAGAAGCUGAAAAAUUGGAGGUAACUGAAGAAAAUGAGGAACAUACAGAAGACAAUGCAGAUGCAGAGGUUCAUGAUACUGAAGCACCAUCGGAAGAACAGGAGGAAGAAAAGGAGGAACAUACAGUGACAGAGGAACAGGAGGAAGAGGCAGAGGAGGAAGAGGAGGAGGAAGAAGAAGAAUCUUAGUACUUUUUUACAACCCAUUGUUCUUGAAAAAGUUUUUCAGGAAGCAUAUGCCUGUGCAGCAGCACCACAGAAUUUAAAACUGUCACCUCCCUCUCAAACCACCACUUCGUUCAUACCUACAUAGGUACGGACAUAUAAAUAUGUAUCACCCCACAAGACACCACUCUGCCCUAGAUAUGAUCUUUAUAUAUAUAUUUGGUAUUCUAGUCUUGUGUUGAAGUGGGUCUUUUUAAUUCUGGCUGAUGAGAUCUCAGACCGGGCUUUAUGUGUUCCAACAGUACUGUCUAUGUCUAAGUUUAGACUGUAAGCUCCUUGGGGCAGGGAUGUGUCUUUCCACAUGUUUGUACAUUGCUGAGCACAUUGUUAGUUCUCAGCCAACAUCCGUAGUCUUGCACCAAAAUCGUAUUUGGAGGUAAAGAACUACAGUACUGAAGACUCCAAAGAAGCUCCCUGUAGACAACUACGUGUUGUCUGGCCUUUGCAACUGAAUGUGAUUUACAAUGAAUGUGAAAACUGGCCUUUGCAUCUGACUGUGAUUUACACUGUACAGUAGUUGAAAUAAACAUAUUUUAUGUCAGA